AUGGAUGUAGAUUGCAAAGUGAUAAUGCUUACUUACUCAUUAGAAGAAGAUAUCAGAGAUACCAGUAUAAGCUCUCUUAUUGCACAUGAAUCCUUCUUUCUAUCAGUCUUUUCAGCUGUUUUUAGAGAUUCUUUAGAAGAAGCUGAUGAUUCACUAAUUGUUCUUCAAGAAUUUAGAGAAAGUGAUAAAUUACCUAAGGUGCUUCCUUCUGAUGAAGAAAUAGAUAUUAAUGAACCUUCUCACAAUGCUGCUCCUAUACAUACUAGGGCGAUUAACACAGCUAUCGAUACUUCUGUUAGAAAUCAUGACGAAUUUCAAGGAAAAUCUAAUUUAUAUACUGGAACCUCUAUU